CAGAGCAUAUAUGGAUUGGUUUGAAAAUGGGAUAGAAAUAGAGAAAUUGACUUCUUCUGAUUGGCAAUAUAUUCCCUUUCCUCCCCAGGAUAAAGUUGUGAAGUGUGUUAAAAUGAUUCAGUUGCCAAGAUGGUUUUGGCUUAUGCUUCCAGUCUUUUCAGUGGAAUUUCCACUUCAUUCCUACCAUGUGAAUUCAGCUCCCGCAGAAGUCUAUGACCAGCUCAGGAUUUCAACGCCCCUCCAAUCUAAUGAAGAUGAAUUGCUUAAAAUCCCAAUUCAUUUCCCUUUCUCUCCACUUCAUCCAGAAAGCUUGAGAAGUGGGACUGACAUCAAAAAGCAUACGCAUCUAUCUGAUCACUUAGAAGAACACUCUCUGCACAAGAGAGCCAUCAACUGGAAUAGAGUGAUCGAACACCGGCCAGCUCUCUCUCAAAUCAUCGUGAUUGGCUGUACCUCCAUCGGGCUCGCUCUGGCUGGGGGACUGGCAGUUUGGUAUUGGAUCUGUAAACAGCUAGCAAAGGAAGAAGGAGGAGAAUCCACUUCACUUCAGGAUAAGCUUUCAUUUUGGAAAAGUAAUAAGAAAAAAGAAGAAAAAGAAGAUGAUGAAGCAGCUCAUUUACUUCCAUCAAAUGAGGAUGAAACAGAAAGUGUCAUUCUCUCAGUUUUGAAAUCUGAAAUGGAGAAAAAGAAGAAAAAAAGAAGAGAGAGGAAAAAGGAAAAAAAGAAUGAUUAUUCAGACAUAGAUCCUACAUCCGGAGGGGGGAUCGUAGCAUCAGAGCUGGUAAAAGUAAAAUCACGAAAAAGAAAGCACGAGAAACAAAUCAAAAGGUUGGCGAGGAAAAUGAAACAUUUAAAAAAGAAGAUGGAACGAGAAAAAGGAAGAGACAAAUGAAUAAGAGUUUUGGCACUGAGACUUCUUGG